AAUAGUUUAAGAGCAUCAAAGAAAAAAAAAGUUUAAUGUACAAAAUUUUAUAUACGAAUAGAUCAAUCUUUGUUAUAAUCACGUCAAUAACAUUAGAUAGACAGCUUAUAUAUGUCGAACGAAUCUCUUAAAUUUACAUCGCAGAUACCGUCUCUGACACCUAUUAAUAGCAGUGGUGAUGAAGAGCUUCUAAAGCAGGAUAAAUUAAUAUUUGACAAUGAGAUUCAAGAACUUCGAGAUUCCAUUAUAAACAGUUCGCAAAUCAAGGAGAUUGGGAAAUCCAUCAAAAUAACUAAGAAUGAUUCCAUCAAUAAGAGAGUCACUCAAGUUCUCCAGGAAAUAGAGUCAGGCAAUUCUGUAUUACUUACGAGUAUUUCAAACUCAAUACCGAAGAGUAUAGCCAUAGUUGAGAUUGUCAAACAAAGACUUAAAGAGAAGAAAGUCCAAUUCACUCAGUUUAAUAAGAUGGCUAGACAUGUAUCUACCGUAAAUCCAAACUAUAAGUAUGGUCAACAAACUAAACACCAACGAGUCAGUGUUAAUCCGUAUUUGCAAGAAAAAUUAGCAGAUGCUGCUACGACUAAGCAAAUACAGGCCGAAAAGGAAGAUAUUAUUAAAAGUGUUAGAGGUUAUAAAGUAUAUCAAUUACCUGUCUUACAUACAUUAAUUGUCAUUGGUGAUGGCAAUGGUUACGAGUUGAUUAAUUGGACAACUCAAACAGAGUAAAGAAUUUAUAGACAUCUCAUAUAAACAAAAUAAAUAAAGUAAUGAUUCAUGUUCAAUAAAUUAAUUAAAUCCCAUUUUGUAAAGUAUGUAGUGGCUCUUACAAUUAAUUAGAAAUAGGGUAUACUUAAAAGUAUAGUAAAUGUAUAUAGCG